AUGGAUGAGUCACUUAAUGUGUUGUGUUCCAUUUGCAAUGAGUCGUACAAUUCAAAUCAUAUAAUUUGUUCAACAAGUAACUGUGGACAUGUUUUCCAUAAAGAAUGUCUUUUCCUUUGGCUCAGCGGCUCUCAAACUUGUCCACAAUGUCAUACUAUUUGUCACAGGCAGCGUGUGAAUCGCAUUUACUUGAGUUUCGCUGAUCGAACUGAAGUUGAGGAGGUGGAAAGCUUACAAAUCCAAUGGUUACCGAUCGAUUUAAGUUUUCCUUUGGCUUAUGGUGACCUUAAAGAUGCCGUGAAAUGUGGCACUGAUCACCAGGGAUUCGAUACGUAUGUGGCACGAGCCCCUCUAGGCGACAAUAUGAUCCCGUCUAACUUCGUGCCAGAAACAAGAGCUGUACACGCACCCUGGGAUGGGAGAAAUAAUCGUCUCACGGAGGUUGAGUUGUUGAUCAGUACAGAUUGUGAACUCGAAUGGGUACAUGCAGAAUAUGGCCACGUCCCCUCGAACGCCCUCAAAACUGGACAUACCGAAAGUGGCGAAUCGUUGUACACCGGGCGUGUUAUAUAUGAAAACCGUACAGUGAUCGGAAAGAUCCAUCCAUCCUGGAGGUGUCUAUUCAUUCCCAAUAGACACGUUGAACUGAAGUUUCGUCGGUAUGAAGUUCUUGUGGUUAAACCCAACGAACAGCCCGAAAGAUAAUCAAAUUUAAAUUUCAUACUGCCUCUUGUAUCUGUUGUACUUUUAAACUAAACUCUACACUUGUAUCCACAGCGGCAACAUCAGUUAAAAUAAAAAAUGAUAUCAAUUAA